CGAAAAUAUAUCGAUUUCCUUGUGUACCACAUGAAAUUAACUCCAAAUCUUCUUUUUCGUCCUUCACUCCUCAAAAUGGCACUUCAUCCUCCACCAAAUAACGCCAAACUCAUUUUCGCACCCGCCAACGACAAAACCAAUGCUCAAGCAGAUCAAUUCGUAAAAGGCGCACUCGAUCGUAAAGAUCUCGAUUCCAAUCCUCUUACACAAUUUCAUUCCUGGUUUUCUCACGCACAAAAAAAUGGUGUUUACCAUCCAGAAACCGUUUGUCUAUCAACUGCCAGUUUACCUUCCGGUCGCGUAUCAGCACGUAUGGUAUACUUGAAAGAAUUAGAUGCAAAAGGAGGAUUUGUUAUAUAUAGCAAUUGGGGCACAAGUAGAAAGGCGAAAGAUAUUGCCGAAAAUAAAUGGGCAAGUCUCACAUUUUGGUGGCAAGAAUUGGAGAGACAAGUUAGAGUUGAGGGAAAGGUAGAGAGGUUACCUGAUGAGGAAAGUCAGGUUUAUUAUGAUUUGAGGGCGAGGGGUAGUAGGAUUGGUGCUUGGGCUAGUCCGCAGAGUCAGGUUUUGAAGGGGAGAGAGGAAUUGGAGGAGAGAGUUAAGGAGGUUGAGAAGAGAUUCGAGGGUCAGGAAAAGAUACCAGUACCGGAAUUUUGGGGAGGGUUAAGAAUCGUACCGGAAAUGGUAGAAUUCUGGCAAGGGAGAGAUAGUAGGUUACAUGAUCGAUUUCAAUAUGAGAAAAAAGAGGAUGGAGAAUGGGAUAUUCAAAGGUUGAGUCCAUGA